AUGUUUUGGUCGGGCACCCUCCUUAGUGCCACAGGGCCGUUGGCGAAAGCCUGGCUCUCGGCCAACCAAGAGCGCAAAGUCUCCAAAGUCCAGAUUUUGCAGCACAACCUCCAAGACAGUGUCGAUGCCAUCAUUGCCCCUAACGAUGCACCGCUGGCCCUUCGGCUGAGCGGUCAGCUGCUUCUCGGUGUCGUCCGCAUUUACAGUCGCAAGGCGAGGUACCUCCUCGACGACUGUAAUGAAGCCUUGAUGAAGAUCAAGAUGGCCUUCCGAUCUACCGGAAACCACGAUAUUCCCACCAACCUACAUGUUCAAAACAGUGAAUCUCUCAUGCUUCCCGAUCAGAUCACGCCAUACGAUAACCUCGAUCUACUACCACCCCCGAGCGCCGACUACCUGGCGUCACAGAUCGAAGAGGUUACUGGCGCUCCUAUUAUGGCUCGCAAGGUGCAAGUCCGUGCCAGUCAGCGCGAUAUCAACCUCCAGGAAGACUUCAACAACAGCCAGUUUCUGAACAACACCAUGGUCGACGAGGAAGAGCUUGCACUCGCCAACAACGACGAUCUCGGUUUGGAAUUGGACUUCGGUAUGGAUAUUGACGAGAGGCCAAGCAAGUUCAUGGACACGACGAUUGAAAUGGGCAGAGACGCGCCUGACGCUAGAGCCGUUGAGGACGACAUCUUCAGCGAGUUGAGUGCUGGACCCGGCAAGCAGCGCGGGACCCGCGAGCCGUCGCUAGGACUUGAUUUGGACUACGGUGAUGGCAUCCGGAUCGCCGAUGAUGAGGGAGACAUUCAAAUGGGCGAUGACGACCUCCAGUUCAACGUUGCGGACCACUCUGAGAUUCCCGAAGGCCUUUCUACCCCAGGUGCUCCGGAUAUGGCUCGCGCUCGCAUUUCCGAGUCUCCCUUGUCGGAUAUCGAUGACGAGUUUGCCAAGGAGGUUGAGAUGGAAUACAGCCGCCACAACAACUCGGAUAUGUACGAACCUGGCGAGGACCCGACCGCAAGCACGAUAAUCGCUCCCCAGAGGUCGAAGAAGAGAAAGCUUCUUCAGCCUGAUGAGCAGACCAUGCUCUCGAACGCCCAGAUCAAGGAGCAGCAAUCGAAGCGCGACAACAUCCUCAAGCCGCAGUCCUUCGUUACCCAGGAUCCCUACCUGAUGGCUUUGCUCGACCUGCAAAAAACCGGAGCCUUUGUUAGCAAUGUCCUCCUCGAGAACCGGAGUGACAGCUGGGCCGACGAACUCUCGGACAUGUUGUCUCUUACCACUUUCCGCCCCUUCGAUCUGAAGAGGAAGCGGGAUAGUGCGAUUGCUGACAUGGAGGACGGCACGCGCAAGUCGCCCCGCCUCGAGCUUCCCGAUGACGAAUCCACGGUUGUCGGCCGCGCGGAAAGUAUCAACGGCAAUCAGAGUGAGACUGCCGAAGGCACGGAGAUUGAGCUGGCUGCAAACGACGACGGCGCUGUCUUCCACGAUGACGACCAGGAGCGACCUGGCUCGAGGAAUGCCAACAGCCCUGUUCCCAACUUCGACGAGACCAUGGCGCCCAUUGUGCACCCUGCGGACAGCGGCCCGGUUUCGAUUGGCACCAAGCACGCGGUCCACAUUCUCCGCGAUCUCUUCGGCGCUGAGGCCGCUAACAACGCCGACAAGCGCAAGAAGACCGCUGUUGUCUUCCAGGAUCUUUUGCCCGAGGGCAGAACGACCAAGGCCGAUGCCACCAAGAUGUUCUUUGAGUGCCUGGUGCUUGCGACCAAGGACGCCAUCAAGGUUGAGCAGAAGGAGGGCGCGCUUGGCGGUCACAUCCGUAUCCGCGGCAAGCGCGGGCUUUGGGGUGACUGGGCUGAGCGCGAGGCUGGCGGUGAGAUGGCGGCUCAACAGUCCCAGCAACAACAGCAGCCGAUCAACCCCGAUGAGCCCCAGCCUUCUAUCGAGACCGCUGCUCAGCCAAUCGAGGCCUCGGCUUAA